AUGGCCACUAACCCACAAAGAGCUCCCAGAGGGCAGUGCGACCCAUCCUGGGUCAGAGAACCUUUCCUGCAGAUGAUCAGCACCAAUGACUCCCCCCCAGUCUCCCAAACGUGGGCUCAGCGUGAAUUCCUGCUCCCCGGCCGGCCCUGGGAGUUGCCUGGCUUCACUCGGCAAGCCUACCACCAGCUGGCCCUGAAGCAACCGCCCUGCACCGACAGCAAAUUGCAGGUCCUUCGCCGCCAGAUCUACCCCGCGGAGGAAGCCACCCAGCACUCCUGGGGCUUCCACACGUGGCUUGACGUGGGGCGCCUGCCCGCCGCCGUGCCCAUCCGGCCGGACGUGCCCUACGACAGCAAUGUCUGGCGCUGGCUGACCAACGCUGGAGCCCCCCGCCCGCACCCAGCAGGGCCCCUCAUCCCCCCGCCCUCCAGGUUGGGCAAGAACAACUUCCUGACCUUCCUCGGCUGCAGCCCCAUCUUCGAGGACGCCAAGAGGAGGACCCAGGUGAUCCGCAGCACGGUGAAGGGGCUGAGAGAGGCGGAGAAACUCAAGCUGCGGAGCGAGGCCAGGGCACCUCCGCUGGACGCCCGUGGCAACAUCCUGCCCCCAAAGAACUUCAAGAAGUAA